AUGCCUCCACGAAAGAAGGCCAAUAAGGCUACUCAAGGCCAGCCUCGGCAGUCUCAGCCUCAAGCUCUCCCACCAGCUGAGGUUGCAAACUCGAACCCGCCAAGACCAGUUCGGGCUUGUCGUACGAAGCCUUCCGCCGUCGCCAUGGCUGGUGAUGACAAUACAGACAUCGACAUGCUUAUAACCUCUGAUAUGGAUAUCGAUAAGGACCCCAAUGAUAGAAAAUACAGCUUGGUGAACGACGGCGAAGACGACGACCACAAAGACAUAGACAUGCUUCGUCCUUCCGAUAUGGUCACUGGACUUGAAGAAGAUUACUCAACGAUUGGUGAUCAAGACAAGUUUUUCCCAAGAAUUCCUGUCGUGCCUAAGGAACAAGAGAGCGAUAAUAUGUCCGAGUCCCGCCCGGCGGCAAAAAGAAACAAGAAGAGCAUAGCCAGGCCUAAGCCGAAGCUUCCCAAGAAUUCAGCUACCAAGCCAGCCGUUUCCAAAUCCAAAGCACCUCGGAAGAAGACCGCUGUUCUUGUCAACAUGCUUCCAGCACCUCAGUCAAUUACUAAGCUGGAUGCUACGCCCGCGCCAGGAGUUGUCCCCAAAGACAAGGCAAAAGCAAGACAUGUUGCAAAGCUUGCGCCUCGACCUGGUCGACCUGCUAACAUAUUCUCUGGUGAGCAUGUUGAGUAUGAUCCAAGUGCUCAGUUCGCGGGAUUUGGGGAUGCUGAGGAGGAUCCUGAUGUCCAAGGUGACCCCGAGGGUAUGCAAGUAGACGACGAGAAGACCGCAACUGAGAAGAAAGAUGGACGUGGCAAGAAGAAGCCAUUUCUCCAUGGGCCCGGCUACAGUGCCGACUUGGAGCCGUUGUCAAACAUUCGUGAUAUAUUCCGUCAUCUUGGCGAGUCUUUGAUCAAAUGCGAGGUUGGAGACGGCGAACCUGGACAUAGUGGGAAGCACACGUUGAGGGAAUUGACAGAUACCAUGAACGGACGCCCACUCAAGGUUGGAACUUUUUGCUCUGGUACCGAGGCACCUAUUCUGGCCAUGAGAAUGUUGAAAGAGGUAUUUAGUGCAUCGGGUAUCACUUUCAACUAUCAGCAUCUGAUCAGCGCGGAGAUCCAUCCUGCAAAAGCUGCAUUCAUUGAGCGAAACUUUCGGCCCCCUAUCAUGGCGAGAGACAUUACGGAGUUCAGUGAUCAGGCUAUGGAAGAUCGAGAUCUGAAACGCAAGGAUAAAAGUGAUCAGGCUAUGGAAGAUCAAGAUCUGAAACGCAAGGAUAAAAGUGACAGAGAUUGGACUGUUACAACUGCGUACGGUGGCAAAGCUACUGUUCCAGGAGACCUCGACCUCCUUGUCGCAGGCUUUGCUUGUGACGAUUUCUCCUUGCUCAACAGCAAGCGCCGGGACUUGGACGAGAGAGGUGAAUCCGGUGACACGUUUUAUGCGAUCCGCGAGUACGCGGUUAGGUACACGCCCAGAAUUGUAAUCAUGGAAAACGUCUUGUCUGCGCCCUGGAUCAAGGCUAAGAAGGCUGGUGAGACGAAGAAGAUUGCCAAGACGAAGAAGACUGCCAGCAAAAACCCACGCUCAAUUGCCGACCUCAUGGAAGAGCUUGGAUAUGCAACAGUCUACAUCAAGGUGGACACCAAGAACUAUUACCUACCCCACACUCGGCAGCGUGGGUACAUGGUCUGCAUUUUGAAAUCUGCUUAUAAGGGUGGUGAUUUGGAUUUCAUGAUGGAUAGAUUCAAGGAUGCCUUCGCCGCUUUGAAGCGUCCUGCGAGUGUUCCUAUUGAGGCAUUGCUUCUUGAUUACGAUUCCCCCUUGCUCAAGCCUAACUCCAAGUCAGAUGACGGACGCAAGAAGCGAGCAACAAUUACCUGGGAGAAGUGCAGAGUGGGCCAUCACGACUACUCACUAAAGUGGGGCCUUGGAGAGAAGCGUCCUAUCACCAAUUGGCAGGCGAACGGCGCAAAAGUUCUCCCGGACUGGCACCAACCCAUGGACGGUCUCACUGAGCGUACUCUGGAUACAAUGGAUAUUUCCCAUCUGCGCAAUGUUCGUUACAAGGACAUUGACGACAGAUACCAAAAUCGCACCCUUGAGCUAUCCCAAAACGUCUACAGAGUUGAAGACUCUACCAAGGAGGGCAUCGUUGGCUGCGUGACUCCGAGUAAUCAACUGUUCUCUACUAAGCGCGGCGGCCGCCUCUCCGGAAUUGAGACAUUCAUAGCUCAAGGUUACGAUCCUUAUGAAGUGUUCAUUCAGAACAUGCCCGACUCCUUGAUGCGCGACAUGAGCGGUAAUGCCAUGACCACUACUGUCGUUGGUACUUUCAUGUUCGCCGCCAUGAUCUCGUUUCAGAAAGUCUUCAACUUCGAAGGUCGUCUUCGACAGCUGGAUGCCCCCGAGCCUGACUCUGUGUAUCACGGUGGAGAACACCUUGUUUUGACUGAGGCCCACCCUGUUCAGUACAAGCCGAUCUCUGUGGAUCAUUUAACUACAGUGGCCAAGAGCACCCGACGCUUGUGUAUCUGCGAGGGCAGAGAUAAGAUUGCUUCCCGUACCUUCCAGAGAUGCAAAGUCUGCCAUUUUACCUCGUGCAUCAAGUGUGGCCAAAACCCCGAGCAUGUCUACGAGCCGUUCGGGGAACAGCGACAACACCCGAUUGUAUUUGCUGAUGAUAUAGAGCGAUCUCUCCCCUUCGUGAUUGAUCUCAGCGCUCUCAACUCCCUUAUCACCAAGUCGAAGCUUCAGAAGUUCACCGGCUACAAACAGAUUGGUAUUACCAAGGCGAGCUGGGAUGAGGAGGCAAUUCCACUGAUCACGGGAGCUUUAAAAUCAACUGUUGCUCACCUUUCAAACAGACGUGCAGAGGUUUGGAAGAUCUUUUACGAAGGUCCUGCGGCUUCGUUACAGCUUGAAGUUUCCGCCUCGGGUGCUGAAUGGCUACUCUACGUCAAUGUUUCGGCUCGACCUCUGGCAGAUGCCAUAGGCAUGUUCUUCCGACGCUUCCCAAUCGCUCGGAUGCGCCCAACAGGUUCCGAUAUCAUGAAGGGCCCUUGGCAACUAUACAUUCCGAUGAGCAGACACUUCGUUAUCAAUCUCAAAUCGAGCGGCAAUUUGGAGAAAUCCUUCUGUAACGAACGUGGCCUGGUUGAUCAUAUGAACGAUUUCAUUCAACCUGUCAUCACAGUCGACUGUCCCGAGAAGCACCACGAGCAUUACAAGCUUUACUUCGAGACUGACAUUUGUGGGGAAUUUGUGCGAUCAGCAGUCUGUGGGCAAGCCUUUAACUCACUGCACAUGAAGGUUACUUCGAGAGGUGAGGAUCAUUUGGGCUUUCUCUUCCAUCACAAUCCGCGCAGUGGAGAUCCAAAGAAUCAUUACUAUUCUUGGUCCCGUGAUUUCACGCGAAAGCGUCAUGGGGAGGAGCUUUCGGUCAUCGCAAAUAUGCCAACUUCGUGGAAGCAGAAUUUAAUUUACGCAGAGGGAGACAACCCUGGAAACUUCAAAGUCAAUGGAGUUCCUAUUGCUGACUACCUAUCCCCUUACGUCGAAGAUGUCAAAAUUCUGGCGGAUGGCUUCUGGGAGGAUAUUCCAGACCAGUUGGACCUAACUCCCCGAGACUUCAUUCGGUACAAUCACCUCCCCGCACAGAUCACUCAUAUUCCACUACCUUGUGGCCAGAAGAGAGUUGUUCUUGACAUCAGCGCGCGACUGUCAUUCGACGUGGGCUCUCCUUGGCGAUUGGAUCGAUGGGUUCCAGUGAUUCGGAGCAAUCAGAACCUUGUUUGGAAGACCAUUCUCUGCAUUGUUCAGAAGCAGCUGGUCCUCGACGGCCACCGCGCAGGUGAUAAUUCCUGGAUUCAUCUCAUUGGCGAUUGUGCAAAGUGUGAGAAAUGCUUUCCACCUUUGCCAAAGAUGGUGUGGUUCAUGGACAGCAAUGGAAAAGCCCGGCCAACCGAAGACCCCGAGACGGCCUCUAUCCACGAGAGAGCUAUCAAGGACCGACCUGUGGCAAUUGAAGCCUUGGUGAAGUUGAGCGACAAGAACCUGGACUUCAAGGUUGGAAUCGAUCCUAUCACGCUUGUGCAUCAAGCCACGGCCCUGCUCGCUGCUGGUGGCACUUCUCGCCCAAAGGGUCAUCUCGUCGGCAACGGCAUCAGAACUAAAUACCGACUGGUUACUGACGAUGGCAAAAGCGUUAUCCAAACCCCAACUGAGUUUUCUGUGCGAAACACAAGCGACAUGGUGCCCCAACCAGCCUUCAUCAAGCCAAACAGCCCUUUCGCGAACUUCUCCGAAACCCCUCGAGAGCUUGAAUAUCAACAGGCUUGUGCUCUUGAGUGGAUGCUUCGACAGGAGGAUAAUCCGGAAAUAUUUUCAGAGAGCGAGACCAUGGAAGACCUGAUCCAGGAAAUUGGAUACCGUAUCGAGGGCAAGGCCACACAAGACAUCCGUGUCGCAGGUGGCAUUUUAGCCCAAGCUGUCGGAUUUGGCAAGACUAUCCUGGUAUUGGCUGCCAUUGCACAACGCCUCCGUGACGUUGAGAAGCAGGUUAAGUAUACAGAGGCAUCGGGACAUUCUGGAGCCAUUCCAACCAAGGCAACAUUGAUCCUCGUACCUCCUCACCUCGUUGACCAGUGGGAGGGUGAGGUAAGAGAAUUCAUGGGUGCGUUGUUUGGCCUAGACAGCUCAAGAAAAAUCAAACGAGAGGUAAUUGUGAUUAAGCAAGUGAAAAAUAUGAACAGCUUGACUGUCUUGGAUAUCAAGAAUGCAACCAUCGUCAUCGCCUCCUGGACCGUUUGUUCGACGCCCACCUACAACAAGGCCUUGUCUACAUUUGCAGGUCUUGCUCAGCCUGGCAAUAAUACAUCUCUUCGGGCUCGCACAGAGUGGUAUAGAGAAGCACUUAAGGGUGCCCGAAAGCAUGUUGACGAACUUCGUUCCAACGCUACUUUCGAACUGAAUCCUGCGGCUUUCGUUCCUUUCUUGAAGAAUAAGUACGACGAAAACGUGGAAGCCACCUCGAAGAAUAACGCCUAUAUGCCGUCGGUGCAUCUGACUGGCGAAAAAUACGCUCAAGCCAAGCUGAAGAAAGCUCAAAAGGCUCAACAGGCUCUGGUUAAACAAGCUCUGGAUAAACAGGCUCUGGAUAGGGGUGCUAAGACGGGCCAGAAGCGCAAGCGCUCUGAUCCAGCCGAUUCCGCAGAGCCAGUCACUACAGAGCCAGUUACUACAGUGCCAGUUACUACAGUGCCAGUUACUACAGUGCCAGUUACUACAGAGCCAGUUACUGCAGAGCCAGUUACUACAGUGCCAGUCACUACAGUGCCAGUUACUGCAGUGCCAGUUACUACAGUGCCAGUUACUACAGUGCCAGUCACUACAGUGCCAGUCACUACAGAGCCAAUCACUGCACCAGGGUUCAGUUGCGGUUUUAACUUUGACAGCCAGCGCCGAGGUCUCAAGGGCCACAACGUUCUUGACUCCAUGAACAUCCCUCUCUUUGAGCUAUUUCAGUGGGGUCGCCUUGUGGUUGACGAGCACACCUACGCAGAGGAAAUGGAAUUGCUUGUCAUGGAACAUCUUAAGGCUUACCGUGUCUGGAUCUUGUCUGGCACCCCCCGACUUGGAGCUUUCCAUGACGUCAAAGCCAUGGCUUCAUUGAUUGGCAUCAACCUCGGACGCGACGAUUUCAACGCAAUGCAAUCAGACGUCUUCAAGAAGAAGACUGGUGAUCUCACCCAGUCCGAGCUGUUUUCUUCCUAUAAGCAAAACCCUUCCCUAACUUGGCGAAAUGCUAGAUGGCAACAUGCACAGGAAUUUCUGGACAUGUUUAUGCGACAAGACUCCGUCGAAGUUGAUAACAUCAUCUUGAAAAAGUACAUUCCGGGUGUCAUCCAGUCUGCCUCAGAGCGUGCGAUGUAUAUGGAGCUGGCUGAUCAUAUUGUCGCCCAAGAAUUCAAGAUCCAAAGAUCCCGUUCAUCUGACGACGACAAGUCAAAUCAGAUCAAGGAAGCUACAUCAACUAGUGAGGAUGGCAAGGUUGCGUUGUUCCUGAGGGCUUCUUCCUUCAUUACCCCCAAGGGCGACAAGAAGGCUAGUGAUGACAAGAAGGCUGCUGAUGAGAAGAAGGCUGCUGAUCACACGGAGGCUGUUGAUGACAAGCAAGCUGCUGAUGACACGGAGGCUGUUGAUGACAAGCAAGCUGCUGAUGGCAAGGAGGCUGCUGGUGACAAGGAAGCUGAUGAUAUUUCCGCAAGCACCGCCUCCUUGAUGUGCGAGAAAAUUGCAGCCCUGCGAUAUGAUCAAUAUCAAGAUAAGCUCGAUGAAUUGUGGCACGAGUUGACGAGGGCCCGAGUUCUCAGAGAAGAAAUCAGCAAGUCUAAGGAUGAGUGUAAGAUGUUCAACGAAUGGUGGGAUCGUGCUGAUGGCAACUUUUAUGGCGACUACGAAACAACAACUGAACUCAAAUUGUUGUUCGCCCAAGUUGAGAAGGAACACAACUCCAACACCUGGUCUACUUUCUAUCGCAAACCCACCAAUAAUGACAAGUCAAAAGAUCACUUGCCUGUCUAUCCAGAAGGUUACACAGAAGUUUUCGGCCUUACCCACCUGGGCAAGCCCUUAAGUCGUGCUGUCGUGGCAUUGAGAUACUCUACUUCGCUACUCAAUCGAAUUUGCGAGGAAGUAGUACUCCGAAACAGAUCGCUUCGAGUCUUCCUGAGUGUUCGUCAAAUCCAGAAGCAGGCUACGAUGAAGUGUUCCGGAUGCCAUCUGGCCACUGCUGUGGAUAGCCUCACGCUUCUUAGUUCAUGCGGCCAUCUUCUUUGUAAGUAUUGCGGAAAUAUUGAGGAUUGCCCGGUCCGGGAUCGAGGACUUCCUUGCAAGGCACAUGUUGCUGAGCACCAGCGCAUCCCUUGUGCAUCGCUUGGCAGCGAGAAUGUAUCGGACGAGGAGUCUAAAUUCGGUUCCAAGAUGGACAGCAUCACGGAUCUGAUCACCGGAAAAGUGAAAAUUGGCGAGGAAGUCAUCGGGGCUCGAGAGAAGGUGCUGGUUUUUGUUCAACACGAGAAGACCCAGCAGGUCUUGGAGGCGUCCUUCCGGGAUGCCCGUAUCUCUUUUUCCUGUCUCACCAAAGAUGAUGCUUCUCAGGUACUGAAGAACUUCCAGGACGAACACAAUCACACUCUCCAGGUACUGAUCAUGAAUACUGGGGACGAGUCUGCGGCCGGCAGCAACCUUACUAUUGCUCGCCAUGUGAUUUUCGUUCAGCCACUUUACACCGUUGGUUCCAGUGCUCGACAAGAGUAUGAAGCUGCCAUGACCCAAGCAAUUGGCCGCUCUCGUCGUCGCAACCAGAAAGGGGUCGUCAAUGUCUAUGAAUUCGUGUCAACCAACACUAUUGAGGUCGACUACAUGGAAUUCAGACGCAACGUCACUCUUGUGCGAGAGGAUCCCACCUCGGACAAGCUUAUUCCGGUCCCUCGUCCUACAGACUCGAAGCACAACGGUCCUCUUUCGAGCGCCAUUGCCCCGAUGAUUUCUUUCGAUGGUUGA